UCUGUUCCAGAACUCAUAUAGUCUCCCCUGAGACAAACUCAUCUGUUUGUGAUCACGCAUCUUAGAGGUUAAGCUGUCAACCACUGUGACGUUGAAUGUGGCUGUGGGAAUGGGGGAGAAGCUGAUUAUCAUGACCCUAAAGGAUGAUAGUUGCUGGGGGAGGGUCCCGGCCAGCCCAGAGACCCCUGUGUAUUCCAACCAACUUGUGUGUCUGCCUCCAAGCUCAUGGCCACUCCUGCACUGCUUUGGAGAGCUGCUCCCCACCCUGAACCCACCAUCGCUGGAUCUGCUGAAGGGGAAGGGGCCAGCGCUGUGACAUGGGGAGCUGAGCCCUUGCCCUUGCUCCAUCGCAGCCUUGGAGCUGUGUCCAGAGAAGAGGAGGAAAAACCAGCAGAUGGGGUUUGCCUCUCUCCUUGCCACCACGUGCAGUUACUUAGAAAGCUCACGUAAAGGUUUUCAGCCUUGAGAGUUGUAACUCCGAAACUGGAACAGAGUCGUUAAUUAUUGUUUUGGGAAAUACCGAUGCAGGAUUUCAACAGAGCAUCCAAGUCCCUUCUGCAAGUUCAAGAACAUUUUUAGAGUGUUUUCAAAAAAGUAUAGAUUGUGUUGAAUGCCUUUAGUUAUGAAUGGAUUAGAUGCGUGUUAUCUCCUGGAGAAGAAUGUGUCUGGAAGCAGACUGCAUUCUUCCAGGGAUAAUUCUCUCAUUGUGCUUAGCACAGUGAGUCCUCCAAGGGUGUCCUUAGAGAUGGGGCUUGGAGAUUAUUGAGAAUGCAAGAGGCUAUUUGUAACAUAUUUGCUUGCUUGAUAUCUAAAAAUUGUUCAGUGCAGAAAUAACUGACGCUUGAUUUCAUCAUCUCUGGAAAAUAAGGACUAAAUAUCCUAAUUAAAGAACAGAAUGGAAAAUAGAGCUAACGAUUGUGUGAGCAGCACAGAAAUGAGACUACAGAGGAACUCCUGACACAGAGCAAGGUUUCGGAAUCCCAGGGUGUGUGUCCCCAGGCCUUCUCGAUUCGGGUCAUGCAGGCUGGUGAUGGACACCCAUUGGGUCGCAAAGUGCCAUCAGCUGUAGCUGAAGUUCCAGAUCCCAAGACAACAGCCAGGCACCCCUGCUGCCCAGGACCCAAGACCAUGGAGCUCUCCGACAGUGACCGACCUGUCAGCUUUGGCUCCACCUCCUCCUCAGCCUCUUCCCGGGACAGCCAUGGUUCCUUCGGCGGCAGCAGAAUGACCUUGGUUUCAAACAGCCACUUGGGCCUGUUUCACCAGGAUAAGGAAGCGGGGGCCAUAAAACUGGAGCUGAUUCCAGCCACGCCAAUUUCCAGCAGCGAGCUGCCGAGGGACAGCCCAGCCAGGCCACAGAACGUGGACGAGGACGGCGAAAGGCAGCCCGGCGCCCAGUGGAGAGAGGACGCAGGCGGAGUGCCCAAAGCCACUACCGAGCCGGCCACCAGCCCCAAGCUCCUCUACGUGGACAGAGUGGUCCAGGAAGUUCUCGAGACCGAGAGGACCUACGUGCAGGAUUUAAAAAGCAUCGUGGAGGACUACCUUGACUGCAUCAGGGACCAAGCCAAACUUCCCCUGGGGACUGAAGACAGAUCAGCCCUUUUUGGAAACAUACAGGAUAUCUACCACUUCAACAGUGAACUUCUACAAGAUUUGGAAAACUGUGAAAACGAUCCCGUGGCCAUAGCAGAAUGUUUUGUGUCCAAGAGUGAAGAGUUCCACAUAUACACCCAGUAUUGCACUAACUAUCCAAGAUCCGUGGCUGUGCUGACAGAAUGCAUGCGGAAUAAGACCUUGGCUAAAUUCUUCCGGGAACGUCAGGAAAGCCUGAGACACUCCCUGCCUUUGGGGUCCUAUCUCCUGAAGCCAGUGCAGCGGAUUCUCAAGUAUCACCUCCUUUUGCAUGAAAUAGAAAAUCACCUUGACAAGGACACGGAAGGCUACGACGUGGUGCUGGAUGCCAUAGACACAAUGCAGCGCGUAGCCUGGCACAUCAACGACAUGAAGCGGAAGCAUGAGCACGCAGUGCGGCUGCAGGAGAUCCAGAGUUUGCUCACCAACUGGAAGGGCCCGGACCUGACGAGCUACGGGGAGCUAGUGCUCGAGGGGACCUUCCGCCUCCAGCGAGCCAAGAACGAGCGCACGCUCUUCCUGCUGGACAAGCUGCUGCUCAUCACCAAGAAGAGAGACGACACCUUCACCUACAAAGCCCACAUCCUGUGUGGCAACCUCAUGCUGGUCGAGGUGAUCCCGAAGGAGCCACUCAGCUUCAGCGUCUUCCACUACAAGAACCCCAAGCUGCAGCACACAGUGCAGGCGAAAUCCCAGCAGGACAAGCGCCUCUGGGUUCUGCACCUGAAGAGGCUGAUCCUGGAGAACCACGCGGCCAAGAUUCCAGCCAAGGCAAAGCAAGCCAUCCUUGAAAUGGAUGCCAUUCACCACCCUGGCUUCUGCUACAGCCCGGACGGGGAGACCAGAGCUUCCUGUACUGCUAAGGACGGUGCUGCCCCCUAUCGGCUGAGAAGGAAAUCUGAGCCUUCUUCAAGAUCACAUAAAGUUUUGAAGACCAGUGAAACAGCUCAAGAUAUCCAAAAGGUCUCCCAGGAGGAAGGGUCUCCCCGGCUGACGUCAGCAGGGCCGUCCCCCGCCCAGAGGAACAGUCAGCCCAGCAGUUCUGCCAUUCUCAGCGUGCUCCGCGGCGGGGGCGCCAUCCGAAACAUCUGGACUGACCACCAGAUUAGACAAGCCCUGUUUCCCAGCCGCCGGUCCCCGCAGGAGAACGAGGACGAGGACGACGAUUACCAGAUGUUCCUCCCGUCCUUCUCCUCCUCCGAGCUGAACUCGACCCGGCUGUGUGAAGAGAGCACGUCGAGUCGCCCUUGCAGCUGGCACAUGGGGCAGAUUGAGUCCACAGAGACUUCCAGCUCCGGGCACAGGAUCGUCCGGAGGGCCAGCAGUGCCGGGGAGAGCAACACCUGCUCCCCGGAGAUAAGAACGAGGGACAGUGAUGGCUGUCAGUACAGCCCCCGAAGGGAACUGCAGAGUGGCCCCGAAACAGAAGGGCAGGAGGGGGUGACUCCCUUUGGGUCAUCGAUAGAGUUGACCAUUGACGAUAUAGACCAUGUCUAUGAUAACAUAAGUUACGAGGACUUGAAACUAAUGGUUGCUAAACGGGAAGAGGCUGGAUCCAUGACCCCUAAGCCAGGUAGGGAGUCUGUUCGUCCCAAGAGCACCCCAGAGUUAGCCUUCUCAAAGAGGCAAGCUGGCCACAGUAAGAGCUCUUUGCUCACCGAAGCGGAGGGGACUCUCCCAGGUCGAGAGCCAUCGAACCAAAGCACACACGACCUGCAGGUGAUGGAGGAAAACAUUUAUGACACGAUAGGGCUCCCGGAGCCGCCGGCCCUGAACUUCAAAUGCAGCAGCCUAAAGCGUCCCAAGCGGAGCACGUUUCUGGGUCUGGAGGCCGACUUUGCGUGCUGCGAGAGUCUCCGGCCGUUCAUUUCCCAGGACAGCCUCCAGCUGAGCGAGGAUGAUGCGCCCUACCAGCAGGCUCCCCCUGACACUGACUAUCUGAGCUUGCUCUAUAACUCUCCCAGCUGUAGCUUGUCUGCCGCAGAUAAGGCUGCAUCCGACAAGCUGUCCGAAGAGGUGGAUGAAAUCUGGAAUGACCUGGAAAAUUACAUCAAGAAAAACGAAGACAAAGCUCGAGACCGUCUCCUCGCGGCGUUUCCCGUGAGCAACGAUGACGUGCAGGAUCGGCUGCACGCCGCGAGCACCCCGGAGCUGAGCAGGCACACGGUGCAUUCCACGUCUACGCUGUCUCUUCCCGGAAGCCAAGGCAGGGCCAUCCGAGCUGGCCGGGCCCACUACGCAUUCGAAGAGGACCUCAUUUCUAAAGAGGACUCCUUUAUGAGUCUGAACCGGCUAUCCCUGGCCAGCGACGUGCCUCCCACAGACAACCCCUAUGACUUGGCCAACUAUAGUCUGUCCCAAACAGACACAGAAAACCCCGAGCCUGGCACGGAUGCCCCUGAUAGGACAAAAAGCAGGGUUUUUAUGAUGGCGAGGCAAUACAGUCAGAAAAUCAAGAAGGCAAAUCAGCUUUUAAGAGUGAGAAGCCCGGAGUUGGAGCAGCCACUGGCCAGUCAGCAUCACAAAUCCACUCCCAGAGACCUGGCCGCCAUCUUGGAGGAGAAGAAGCAAGGAGGGCCCGCCAUCGGUGCCAGGAUUGCUGAGUAUUCCCAACUGUACGACCAGAUUGUGUUCAGAGAGACUCCAGCGAAAGUUCAAAAGGACAGCUGGGCCAGUCCCCAAGAAUCGUCCCCUCUCAGGGCUGCAUCACCCGCCCUGGCCCAGCAUGGUGGCCAGGACUGGCUUUGGCACUCAACCUAUAGUAAUGGAGAAUUAGCAGAUUUCUGUCCCCGGCCAGAGCAAGACUUCAGGCCCAAAUAUCCCACUUUGCAGAGCAGUACAAAAAGUCCUCCCAGACAGUUGUCUGCAGCCUGCUCCGUGCCCUCGCUGCAAACCUCUGAUGCUCUCCUGGGCUCCGUGCAGAGAGGCAGCGUGAUAGUGAAUCAGCCCAACAAGGAGAACUCAUGCCAGGGCUACCUUUACAACUCGUUGGGCCGGAAAGGAAUCAGCACUAAAUCUCAACCUUAUAACAGGUCCCAGUCGUCAUCCUCAAUCUUGAUCAACAAAUCAGUGGACUCCAUCAACUAUCCCAGUGAGGUGGGAAGGAAACAGCUGGUGUCUCUACAUAAGAGUUCAAGGUGUGAGGGCCACCAGGAUGUGCUGCCGGGAGUCACAGACUCAUGCCAACAGGGCACUGAAAAACACUCUGAUCUCACUCUCCAAGACUCACAGAAAGUUCUGGUAGUCAAUAGAAAUUUACCCUUAAAUGCCCAGAGAGCAACACAGAACUAUUUUUCCAAUUUCAAAGAGACUGAAGGCGAUGAAGAUGACUAUGUGGAAAUCAGGUCAGAAGAAGAUGAGUCAGAGUCGGAGCUGUUUCAUAAUCGCAGGAGGAAAUCUGACUCAAAGAUCGUGGAUGCGGACUUUUCUGAAGCCGUCUGCCACAGCAGCACCUCUUACUCUUUGAAUAGCCCGUGCACUCCAAAAAAGCCAAUGAACAGCAAACUUGGGCUCUCACCCUAUCUGACAUCAUAUAAUGAUUCUGACAAACUGAAUGACUACCUUUGGAGGGGGCCUUCUCCCAAUCAACAAAAUAUCGUCCAGUCUCUAAGGGAAAAAUUUCAAUGUCUUAGUUCCAGCAGCUUUGCCUAAGGUUCUUGGUAACAGCUGCCUGGCAUAGCUUCUGAUCAUGCUCAUGAAUCCUGGAUAGUGAUGGGAUGUUUUCUAUGUACCAGGGUAAGACAAUUUUGUAAUGACCAGAGUUGUAAAAACUACUUUCUUUUAUAGCACAACUUUUAGAACCAGGCUGAUGACACAGCCAGGAUUGUACUGUAGCCAAUGUCAGCAUCUAGCAGUAUGUUUUCCCAUGCUGUCUUCGUGUUUCAUGUAAGUCAACCUUACUUGAAAAUUUUUAGUCUUUUUUUUUUUAACAUGAUGACCAUGGUAUUAUUUUCCCAUAUCUUGACAAUGCUCAUACUUUAAGGAAUGCAAUAAUAAUACUCUCAUAUUAUCCUGAAGCCCUACGUAGUUUUAUCCUAGGAUCAAAGGCAACAAGGAGACUUUUCCACGGGUUUAAAAGGAAAGGAAAUUAAAGGUAUUUAAAGAAUGAUGCUUGUAUCUGACAUUUGUGUCUAGACCAUAGACUAACUUAAACCAGAGAUCUCUGACUGGAGGAUAGUCUACCGCACCGUCAAAGGCUGCGACGCUGGCAUUCCUAUAGCACUUCAUCCUGCUGCAGAAUCUGUGCCAGUUGAAAAGUAAAACAUAGCAGGACCAAUUUGGUGUAAGCAGAAUCCCUUUCCUGUGUUUCUGGACAAGGCCUGAAAAAUGAGCUGCUUGUCAUGUCGACUAUGUCAUUUCUGGGAUGACAUGAAUGAUUUCCUUAAUGGCUUAAAGAAAACCACGUUCAACAAAAUGCAAGUUGACUUAACGAUUAGAAAAGAUGGGGUGAGGCCUGGAAACAACUUUAUUGUCCCUUCAAAUUACACUUAAGGAGGGAAAAAAGAAAGCAAAACCUUCCAUCUUGCACCUGUCUCUGAUCCAGAGUAAACCAUAAACCACAAUAAUAAAAAAAAAGCAGCUUAAAGGCACCCUGUCCAGCAGCUUUUGGCCUCUGCCAGAUGAGCCCUUGUUCACAACCCUGUUGUAGGGACAGCCUUUUCCCGUUGCUUUGAGGCAUGUCAGAAACAUGGUGUUCCGUGUCUAGGUCUGCCUGGUAACGUCUUAUUUCUAUGUUGCCAUCAUGGUCUUUAAACAGCCUUUCAUGAUAGAGUUGCAUAGGAACCGAACUCUUAAGGAAACAGAAGAACAAAAGCAAGACACUGUGGGGACAAACUAAAAUCAAAGAGGCUAAUGAGAACAGUGAAGGUAGAGGCAUUACUACUUUAUAGAAACAUUCCAGUUGACUGAAGACUCCACUGAUGUAUCUCACCCGGAGCAGUUGUGGAUGCUGAGGCUCUUUCAACCCACUCGGUUUCCGUUUGAUUUUAGUUCCCUUUUAUUCUAAUUUAAAACUAAUCAAUUUCCACUUUAAAAAAAUAACAUGUAUAGGGAAAGGAGUUUUCAUUUAAAAGUAAGCAAUAAUGCUGAAUCAGUGGUAUCUUACCAUGAUUCUUUUCUGUUUAAGACCCAUGCCUCUUUCUUAACUGUAAAACAUAAAAUGUGACCAUCUGUUUUUGACAUUUAUGGUUUUUUUUUUUUUAUCUUUUAAAAUAAUGACAGAUAACCAAAGUUUCUUGCCUCUCCCAACUAUUUUUCUUGUAGCUUAUAAAACAAAGUCCAUAUUGAAUAACAUGGUUCUGGAAACAUUGCUUCUUUCAUUGCUUCUAUUUAACAUGAAAUGAGUUUUUCAGGAUUAAGCACUAUUAAAAAAGACAAACACCAUAGGAAAGUAUGGUCUCCAUGGAAAGUAUGUGUGCGUUUGCCUUCUAAAAAGCUGUGUCCUGAUCUGGUCCUAGGAGUACCAUUUCCCAUUUUUGCAUUUUGGGACCCAAAUCCUGUGUAGUCCACCUUACUGGGGUGUCUGACCCUCAGAAAUUGUCCUUCACCUCAGUGUCACAUUACAUGACUGGUGUCACCUGUAGGGUACACUCCACUGCACGAAGGCAGAUGUCUCACUGUACAAAAUGUCCAUGUGGUUCUUUAGGGUCCAGGACGAAUCCGUGGCACCACAGAUUAUUUCUGUUGGCCAGGAUGCAGAUAUUGCAAGAUGUGUGUAUAUACAAAAUUACGUUCGUAUUUUUCCUCAAAGUUAUCAAUUAAGUGCUCCUGUUUAAAACAGUUUCUUUUGGAGGUGGGGCGGGGAUGUAUAUAAUUGGGUAAAAAGUUAUAUGUACUUAAAAGUAUGUCAAGUUCUUUUUAGGUUCUGUCCUGAGGUUCAAUUUUUUUUAUAUAAGUUCAUUUUUCACCUACUCUAUCUGAUGUGGGGAAGAAAUGUGUCUUGUUAAACAUAGUUUAAAUACUGUAUAUAAUAUAGUAAAAGUUAGUAAUGCCCAUUAUUUAAUAAAGUUUGUAAAGUGCAAAGUA